CUUACGGACGAAGAAAGAGUAUUCCUGAAUGCAGCGUAUUUAGGAGAUGUUGGGGUGGUACGAAUGUCCCUAGAGGACCGGGUGGAAUCCAAUCUAAAUAUCAAUUGUGUUGAUUACAUGGGCCGUAAUGCUCUACAUUUAGCCAUUGAUAGUGAAAAAAUGGAUGUCAUCGAAAUUCUUUUGGAUAAUCUCAGUUUUAAUUGUAUUGAUGAGGCCUUACUACACGCAAUCAGUAAAGGUGCUGUGAAAAUUGUG